AUGAAUUCAUCUCAUCCAUUGUCGGAUAGCAAAGCAAAAUUCCGAGCAGAAGUUGAAAAAAGUGGACUUCAGUAUACGUUCAUUUUCACCGGGCUAUUCUAUGAAUUUCAUAGCUGGAUAGGGUUUGACAUUAAGAAGAAGAAGAAGGCCACAGCUCGUAUCAGAGUUACUGGCGCCACCUUGUCAUUCAAUGAGUUGCUUAAAAGGUUUGAAAAGGCUCCAAGUGGGAAGUUGUUGAAGAUAGGGAAAUACGAGAACGUUACUGAACUAAGUUCCCUUACCUUGCAGAUAAUGAGUUCACAAAAUCCUUGA